AGUCGGUCCCCGGAGGCCGCCGAGGCGGGGUGAGUGUCGCGGACGCCGUGAGACCAUUCGCCGCUCCGUGUCUCCGCCGCUGCGAGAGGCGGGCUGCUGUGCUGUGGGUCGUGUUUACUGUGUGUGGUGGCUGGUGUUCUUAGCCCGGACUACUCGCUCCGACUGGUACCGGGAUCUACAGGGAGUCGACGCUGAGACUGCGGUCUGGAGCAGCUCCGGCCGACCCGUCACCCGCCGACCUUUGGCCGGCCGCGCGAGAGCGCCAUGGCCUCGGACCGGCGCGGUAGGAGGGACCUGGGCCUGGAGACACAGGUCAAAGACCUGCGGCUGCAGCUCAAUGAGCAGCUGCGGAGCCUGGACCUGCGGGUCGACACACAGACGGCCGUCGUGGCCGAACUCCAGGAGUACUUCCGCCGCCGAGCCGAGGUUGAGCUGGAGUACAGCCGCAGUCUGGACAAGCUGAACAAGUCGCUGUCACAACGCCACAAGGAUCUCAAACAAAAGCGGGAGCAGAUGCACCUAUUCUCGUCGUACUCGUGCUGGCAGCUGCUGAUGAACCAGACCCGGCAGGAGUCGCGCGAACGAGCCGCUCUCAGCGACGUCUACGCCAACGUCAUCACCAACAAGCUCUCCCGCAUCAGCGACGACCUGCAGCGCAUCUACAAACGGUGCCGGCAGAUCUGCUCCGAGUCCCAUGAAGAGCUUUUAAAGGUGCUACAUGAACUGCAAGUGUCCACCAAGACGUACAACAUGUACUACACCCAGUUCAGCAACGCCGAGAACAAACUGCAGUAUGUGGAGAAUCAGCGAGGCAAGCUGGAGCUCAGCAUUCCAAAGGAGAAGCUGGAGAAAUCGCGCAAGUUCAAGCUGGUCGAGAAGGAAAUACUGAAGCGGCGUCACAAGUACCAGGAUACCCGGCUGAAGGCGCUGCAGGCGCGCAACGACUUCCUGCUGGCGCUGGAGGCGGCCAACGCCGCCGUGCACCGCUACUUCGCCGACGACCUCUCCGACAUCAUGGACUGCAUGGACGUGGGCUUCCACACGGGCAUCGCGCGCGCCCUGCUCAUGACCAUCUCGGCACAGGAGUGUGUCAUGGCCGGACAGAAGGCGGGCAUCGACGGCCUGCACAAGACCAUAACGGGUCUGGACUCGCGGCUCGAUAAACAAAAGUUUAUCGAGGCCAAUAAUAAUCCGUUCAUGCUGCCCAAGAAGUUUGAGUUUACUCCGCAUCGGGGCGACCAGACUUCCCGGUACGAGGUGGACCCGGAGAUCCAGGAGGAGACGCAGAAGCGGUACGACGCGCUCUGCCGGCGCAUUACCUCCCUGCGCACCUCCACGGAGGAGGUGUGGAAGACCAUGGAGACGGCCGAGCGCUCCCUGGUGGCCAUGGUGGCGACGGAUGAGAUGGACGUGCGCAGUCUGUUCCGACCCACCGGCGCUCAGAGGACGUCGGACGUGGCGCUGGCCAAACUGCGGGCCAACCACGAGGAGACGGAGCAGUUCUAUAUGACGAAAUUCGCCGAGUACAUCGGCGAAUCGAAUCUGAUCGCGCGUCUGCAGGCCAAGUACGAGAUCCUGCGCGCCGGUCUGGGCGAGCACACCACCCAGCUGAACCGGCUCAGUCGCAGCAUCUGCGAGAAGCCGCGGAGGAAGCGCAUAGGCCGCGCGCCGGCCAGCGGCCAGCCGCGCCUCUUCGGCGGCAGUCUGGAGGAGUAUCUGGAGCUGAGCGGCCAGGAGAUCCCGCUCAUCGUCCGCUCCAGCGUCAGGGUCAUCAACCUGUUCGGACUGCACCAUCAGGGCAUCUUCAGAGUGUCGGGAUCACAGGUGGAAAUCAACAACUUCCGCGACAGUUUUGAGCGCGGCGAGGACCCGCUGGCCGACGUCACGGACGCCUCCGACAUCAACUCAGUGGCGGGCGUGCUCAAGCUGUACCUGCGCGAGCUCAGGGAGCCCUUCUUCCCGACACUCUACUUUGACCAGUUCAUGGAGAUUGCCCAGCUGCGCAGCGCCGAUGAGAUGACGGCGCGGAUCCGGGAGGUGGUCGCCUCGCUACCUCGGCCAGUCUUUGUCGUCAUGCGCUACCUGUUCGCGUUCCUCAACCACCUGUCUGAGUUCAGUGACGAGAACAUGAUGGAGCCCUACAACUUAGCCAUCUGCUUCGGGCCGACGCUGCUGCCCAUUCCCGAGGACAAGGACCAGGUGCAGUACCAGAACCUGGUGAACGAGCUGAUGAAGCACAUCAUCCUCUGUCACGAGGAGAUCUUCCCUCGCGACGGCGGCCCAGUCUACGAGAAGUACAUCAGCAAGGGCCUGGACGAGCAGGAGGACAUCGGCGAGGCGCCGUCGGAGAUCGCCAGCACCGUGGACGACCCGGACCUGGAGCUGCCCUCGGAGGACGAUUCCGUUUUAAAAGAAAGGGACAUAAGCUUGCAGAUCUUCGGAAAGAGCGAGCAGCUGGAGGCGGUAGCGCAGUUCGACUUCACAGCCCGGUCGCCGCGCGAGCUCAGCUUCCACUGCGGGGACGUGCUGACACUGUACCGUCAGGUGUCCUCUGACUGGUGGCGAGGGCACUUCCGAGGCCGGGACGGCCUGGUACCCGACAAAUACAUCAUGCUCAAAAUCAGGGACGAGGACCGCAGCAGCAUGUCUGACUCGAGCAGCCAGCCGCGAGCCUCCGUGUCGAGCGAGUGUCCGUCGGCGGUGCCGGCGGCCGCGUCCACCCCCGCGCCCCCGUCCACCCCGUCCUCCACGGGCUCCGGGCCGGCCCCGGAGCCGCCCGACGUCGCCGAGCCGCCCCCAGAGGGCGUGCGGCGGCCGGUCCGGGGCGGCACCCUUCCCCCGGCCGACCCGUCCCCUCCGCUGCCCCUGGCCGCCUCGCUGUCGCUGCCGCCGGCGGCCGGGCGCCGUCCGUCGCGGCCGGCGCUCCAGCACUCGGUCAGCUCCGGAGGCUCCGGCGCCGGACGGCCCGGCCACGCCGACCCUGCGGCCGCCGACCCGGCCCCAGCCGACGCUCCAGCCGCCGAGACCAACGGAGAGGAGGACGCCGCCGCUGCCGCGCCGGCUGAGGAAGUCACCGUGACCUCUGGCGAGGUGACCGUGAAGGUAGCGGCCGGCGCCGAGCCGUCACCAGAGCAGCAGCAGGAGCACACGUUCGGAGCCGUGACGGAGGUGGCAGUGGUGCCGGCCGAGGAGGAAGGCCCCGCUCAGGAGGAGACGCCGGAGACCGUGGGACCAGCCGCGCCACAGCCGGGCACACCGGUGGACGACCUGCCGGUGACGCCGGCUGCCGGGGACAGUCCCAGUGCGGGCGACAUGUCGGUGACCUCGGGUCACGGCAGCGGCCAGUCGGGUGACCUGUCUGCGGACCUGUCACUGUCGGGGGUGUCCGGCACCACGGACACUCCCUCUGGUCUGUCCACCUCCGACCUGGGACACUCGGAUGACCCGGACCCGGAGACGGGCACCGGCGAGCUCGACCAGGCCAUGCGUCAGAUCGAGCUGGUCACGGAGACGCUGCGCGCCGCUGAGCUGUCCGGGGACGCCGCCGUCACGGCCGGUUCCUCUCCGGAGAGGGCCGAGCAGGCGGCGGCGGGCCGCGGCGGCCGCGCGCCCGUCUGCGCCGCCUGGGAGUCGCGCCGCCAGCCGCCGCCGCUGCCAGACUCGUCGGCCAGUGUGCGCUCGCGGCGCGCCCUCUGGGAGACGCUGUCGGCCGGCGGGCCGCGCGAGCGCACCUCCUCCGGCGAGUCGUCCGGCUCGUCGGCGUCGUCCGUGUCCCCGGCGCCGCUGGCGGUGCGGCAGCGCGGACCGAAGCACACGCCCGACCUGGUGAUGGAUCUGCCGCCCGAGUCGCAGCGGCCGGCGCGCGGCUCGCCGCCCGACGCCGCCAGCACGGCCGCCGAGACGUUCGCGCGCCAGAACCAGUGCACACUGCGCCGCAGCGGCCACACGUCGCCGGGCACGGCGCGGCAGGCCGCCGGCGGCACCGAGCGCGAGUCGGCCCUGGCGCCGCCGCCCGGGGCCGUGCCCGUCGAGCCGCCCGUGGUGCCCGCCGGGGUCAGCUCGUUCAAACCCAGGGUCAAGGUCAAGCCCCAGGUGGCGCAGAAGCCCAAACUGUCGCCCGAAAUGCUGAAGAAACUGACUGACGCAUAAUGUGUUUCUGACUGAAUAUGCGCCGCGUGUUGUUGUUUAUCCGCUGUGUGCUGGCGCGCGCCCGCGCGGGGGCGCCAAAUAUGUUGGCGCGCGCUGUGCCGACCUGGCCCUGCGCCCUGUUGAGUCAUUUAUAUACUGAGGUGCGCGCAUGUACUGUGUACAUUUGUGAAUAUAGAGGCCGGGAGUGAGGGAAGCCUGACAGAGAGGGACAGAGAGCUAGUUUUCAGUCAAGUAUAUCCAGCCAUAUACUCGGCGAGUGCUUCCCGACCACUUUCUGCGUCUGACCGUUUUGAUACUGGGUCUCGGCCGACCCGCGCUGGGUGAUAUGCGCCGCAGUCAUGUCCGUAGCGUAGGCGUCAUUCAGUGGAAAAUAAAACGGCAUGUCAUCAA